AUGCCACUUAGGAUCACACCCAGUCACAAAGCCGUCUACGAACCAUCAUCCGACGCAGAUCCCGACUUUUCCGACCUCUCCGAGCUAUCUGAAGAUGACACCCUCUUGGAUCGUAAUGGCUACGAGAUCGGUCCCGCAAUAGCGACCACACAGCAAAGCAUACACCAUUACAAUGUGAAGGAGUGGGAUACUCGAGACGCGUAUCGAGAACUUCAUAAAUUCUGGAAGCAAACAAUCGUUAAGUCCUUCGCUGUAGAGGACACUUUCCACCACGAACACGAAGAAACCCGCAACUGGAUUACAGUGAAGGCCUUAAUCCCGACCUGGCCCGGAUACAUGGGUUUCAUCCGCUACAGCAAAACAACAGGAACAAUUACGUUCAUCAACGCCGAUGCCCUCCUCCUACAGUCCACAGAUAACAAUCACACCCCUGAAACCGAAGACUUCACAAACGAUAAUACAUUCUUCUUCCGUUUCCAAAACGAACGACUCAAAGCCGUAGCCUACGUCCUGCUCCGCUCAGGAUUCAACAUCCAAAUCACCUCCCAAAAAUACAUCUGGACAUUCAACAUACCCUCCAUCGCAGAAUCUUCCCCAAAAAUUCCAAACCUACUUUCCUGCACCGUGAACACCUUAAACCUGACCCAUAAGGCCACCACUCCCACUACUACGCCCUACCAACCCCGACCAGCCCACGACCUCACCAUAACCAUCACCUCCUCCCACCCGCAAAUCCCACUCCUACCACCACACACCUUCCGCACCUGGCUCCGCGUAUCCCUCCACCUCACCCCCAAACUCCCAUCAGCAAACAUAAUUCCUACCCCGCACGGAGACAUCCUCCUCGACCCCGAAUUCUCCGGUACUCUUUACCUCCGGGGCAUUCUCCUCCCCGAGCUCAGUUUCGACAGGUGUCGGUACAAGUACGGGUAUAAUUUCCACUACGGGAUACCUACGACGAGCGGACGACGGCUGGCGAGUCCGCUGCAUGAAGUCGAUCUUAUUUGCAGUGUUUGGGGCGCUGCGAUUUGCUCGGCGCCGGUCUAUGUGCUGCCUAGAUUUGUGGAUAUGGUUUCUGGGGGAGUGCCGUGGCCGGUUGAGGUGAUGUGGGCUGAUGGUGGUGGUAUGGCUACUGAGGCGGUUGAGGCGGUUUGGUGGUCGUUGUUGGUGAGGGGUGGGGAGGGGGUGUUUUAUUAUUGUGGGGCGAGGGGAGAGGAGGAGGCUGGUGAGAUCAGGCGGUUGCUGGGCAAGAAACCGGUUGCGAUUCCGUCGGGUUUAUGGGAUGCGCUUCGCAGAUUGAGGUUGAUACGGACUGCUUGGGAGGAGAGGGAUGGGAGGGCUAGGAAGUGA